AGAUAGAGAAGGUUUGCAAGUAUUUGAUUUCGUGUUGGAAUCGGAAACGAACCCUAACAAAGCCAAAGCCUCUUCCUUUACCUAAUAUAUAUAAAUCCAUACCAUAAGUACCCAACUCUCUUCUUCUUUGAUUGAUUGUGACUUUCCCCAAUCAAUCCCCAAAACCCCAAUCAAUUCUCACGUUUCGUGUCAAUUUGGAGGAAGGUCGGAGCCAAAGUGCAGCCAUGGCCAAUGACAAAAGCUUGUUCAAGAAAGAACUUGCUCUGGAGAGGAGGCAGGCAGAAGCUUGUCGAAUCAGGGAGAAGUAUCCGGAGAGAGUACCGGUGAUUGUGGAGAAGGCUGUAAAGAGUGACAUUCCCGAUAUUGACAAGAAGAAAUACCUUGUCCCUGCUGAUUUGACUGUUGGACAAUUUGUUUAUGUUGUUCGCAAGAGGAUCAAGCUCAGUGCAGACAAGGCUAUAUUUAUCUUUGUCAAGAACACUUUACCUUCCACUGCUGCCUCGAUGUCUACAAUUUAUGAAGAAAACAAGGAUGAAGAUGGAUUCCUUUACAUGACCUACAGCGGAGAGCAAGUCUUUGGAUCCCUUUAAGAAGAGCAAAUGUGAAUAGAACUUCAAAAAUGUAAAUUAUCAGUAUCUGUAGGCAACGAUCUGCUCAUCUACCAUAGUUUAUAGUUUGGUCUUUGAGACCGCUGGGAUUGAUAUCGUUGGUGGAAUAUUUUAUUUUCAUGACAUCUCAAGGGAUCUCGAAUGUUAUUAAUUUCCAUUCUUUUGAUA